AUGAGCGACCAAAAAAAGCCCGAUACCACCACUACCGCUACCACGACCGGAAGUGUCAGCUCAGGGGCCCUCGUCAGCAGCCCAAGUGUCAAUAAUAACAGUACCAACACCACAAACACCGCUGCCCCCGAUGUAAACUCGUUCGCUCUCGCCCAGCAGCGCCUAGCUGCCCGUCGACAAGCCCGCGAGGCCGAAGUGGCCGCCCGCGUCGCCGCCCAACAGUCUGCUUCACAGCUACGUCAACGCAUUGCUUCCACCCAAUCUCCCCUCCUCCGUCGACUAGGUAUGUCGGCUCUCAACCUGUGGGAUGUCGUGUCUGGGAGGGAGGGCACACAUCCAGCCUUUCGUGUAGGCCAGGUCGAUGCGGAGCUGCUCGAUGAGGAACUCGUCGAGUUGCUCCGUGGCCAGGUCGGUGACGCGCUGAAGUACUUUAAUCCAGGCGGGAAUGCGCCUGGGGGGACGAAUAAUCCGAUUUUACAUGACUGGGAUGCGGAGGUGUCGCUUUUAUUGAGGGCCAUCCUGUUCAAGCUUACUGUUUGGGAUCAUGACGCGACAUAUGGUGCGGCUUUACAGAAUCUACGAUACACAGAUGCUCGCCAUACUGGCCCCGUCCUCGUGCCACCGAGCAAGUGGCAGAAGUCUCUGUACGGGUUCGUCACAGUGGUUGGGAGAUACCUCUGGACAAAAUGGGAAAACUGGCUAGUCGAACAAGACGACAUGCUAGAAGGUCCUACCCCCACAGUACGACGGCUGUCGAAGUUGACCUCCCUCGUGUCAACCGUCCAUGCCGCCGCAGCGUUCGUCUCCUUCCUCGUCUUCCUCCUCCAUGGACGCUACCGCACCCUUCUCGACCGCGUCCUCCGCAUGCGUCUGGCCCCUCCAACAAGCCAAGUCGCCCGCGAAGUCUCCUUCGAAUACCUUAAUCGCCAGCUCGUAUGGCACGCCUUCACUGAGUUCCUCCUUUUCGUCCUGCCUUUGAUCGGCAUAAACAAAUGGCGUCGGUGGCUCUCCCGAGUCUGGCGCAAGACCAAGAAAAUCAUGAGCACCAGCGAGCCGGGCAAUGAAGAGAAGAAAGGCGAAUACUCCUUUCUGCCAGAGCGCACAUGCGCCAUCUGCUAUCACGACCAGAACUCUGUGACGACAGAAAGCGAUCUGAUGAAUGCAGCCGCGACGAAGACUGUUGGAGCGGCGCAGACUGAUAUUACGAACCCGUAUGAGGCUAUCCCCUGUGGAUGUGUGUAUUGCUUCGUUUGCCUGGCUACAAGGAUUGAGAGGGAGGAGGGCGAAGGGUGGACGUGUCUCCGGUGUGGAGAGCUGGUCAAGGAGUGCAGGCCAUGGAAGGGUGAUGUUGUUGAGCCGGAAACGAAGUCCCCCGCUGCGAAGACAGUCGUAUUUGCUGAUGAUGUGAAGGGGUCAUCAGAUGGUGAGGUCAAUGAGGAAGAAGAGGAAGAAGAUCAGGAGGAACAAGAGCGCAGUGAGGUUGAGGGAUCGCAUGUUUUGGUGGACGAAGACCCUGAGAGAAGCAUCGAUGACCUGCGACCCCAAACACCAAGUGUUUCGUCAGACCAGGCGGAUGAUUUAGAAGAGGGUUCAGAGUCGGAAGAUUAUGAGGCAGAGGAAGAUGAGCUUGGCGAGGAUUUGGACAACGGGAGAUAA